AUGCCGCAGGCGCAACGGAGCGAAGCGCUCGCGGCGUCCGAGGCGGGGCGGGCGUCAUCCGAGCCUCACGGGGCAGCGGUCGCGACGGCGGCGGAGGGCUUGCGCCUGCACCUCUCGAGCAGCAGCAGCACUGGGUACAAGGGCGUGGGAAAGCAGGCGUCGGGCCGCUUCAGGGCGCAGCACCAGGGGGGCGGAAGGCACGUUUACAUUGGCACCUUCGGCACGGCGGUAGAGGCGGCGGUGGCGUAUGCGCGGGCGGAAGGCGAGUACCAGCCUCCACCAGUGGCUGCGGAGGCGGAGGGCUUGCGCUUGCACCUGUCCAACAACAGCACCGGCUACCAGGGCGUGUGCAAGCGUCCCUCUGGCCGCUUCAAGGCGCAGCGCAGCGUGGCCGGAAGGCUGUUCUCCGUCGGCACCUACGACACGGCGGUUGAGGCGGCGAAGGCGUACGCGCGGGCCAUCAGCGAGGCGUCGGCAGUGGCGGCCUCAGCACCCAAAAGCGUGCCACCCGCCGAGCCUGCCGACGAGGCGAUCCUCUGUGGCCGCACGCACGAGCGCGCCGGCGGCGCCGCUGGAUGCGUCCUACUUGCUGGCCACGCCGGGCCGCACUCCUUCACUCUACAGGGCAAGCGGGCUCGCUGCGUAAAGCGCCCGUUCGACCCGACCGAUGCCGAGGCGGAGGAGCGCGGCGAGGGUGCGUCGACACAGGACGGCGACGAGUCGGAGUCGGUGGUGGAGGCGACGGCCGGAAUGGCAGCGCCAGCAGGCUCGGAGGCCACGUCUAGCCAUGAGGCUCCGGCGGCGGAGGCGGAGGGGCUGCGCUUGCACCUCUCGAGCCGCACCAGCACCGGCUACAAAGGGGUGUGGCGGCACGCCUGUGGCCGCUUCGUGGCGCAGCGCAGGGUGGGCGACAAGAUGGUCUACCUCGGCCUCUUUGACACUGCGGUGGAGGCGGCGGUGGCGUACGCGCGGUCGGUCGGCGAGUACCAGCCUCCGACAGUGGCUGCGGUGGCGGAGGGCUUGCGCUUGCACCUCUCGAGCAGCAGCACAGGGUACAGGGGCGUGUACGAGCAGUCUGGCCGCUUCCGGGCGGUGCAGAGGGGGGGCGGAAGGGUGGUCUGCCUCGGCACCUUCAGCACGGCGGUGGAGGCGGCGGUGGCGUACGCGCGGGCGAUGGUGGAAGCUCCAACGGCGGCAGGAGAGGCACGGCCGUCGGCAGCGGCGGCGGCUGAGGCGUCCGACUCGGGCGAGGGCACGCCAGGCGGCGCUGGCGGCGAGGCUGCAGUCGCCGAGAGCAGCAGCGACGAGGAGGAGGCUGCCUCUCCGCCCCUCCGCGCUCCGAGCUGCAACAAGACGCUCGGCUGCAGCCUCCGCCUCUGGCACGAGGGGCCUUGCAGCACCGCCGUCACAGGCAAGCGGGCGCGGGUUCUUACCGACAAGGCGCGAACGGCGAAGCGAGGCAAGGGCGUGGGCGGCGGCGGCGGCGGCGGUAGCGGCGGCGGUGGCAGCAGCAGCAGCGGCGGCGGCGGCGGCGGCAGGGGCGCGCAGCAAUCCUCUUCGAGCGACGCCGCGCCCUCGCCGCCCAACGCGAGCCAACAGCAGCCAGCGGCGGCGUGGGGGGAGGGAGAGGACGAGGUCGAGGCGGAGGUGGAGGGGGCGGAAGCGUCAAGCGACGACGAGGUGGCGACAGAGGCGGAGGCGGCGACGGAGGCGGAGGGCUUGCAGCUGCACCCCUCCAGCAACAACAGCACUGCGGAGGCGGAGGGCUUGCGCUUGCACCUGUCGAGCAGCAAUGACACCGGCUGCAGUGGCGUAAGCAAGCACCGCUCCUCUGGUCGCUUCGAGGCGCGGCGUAGGGUGGACGGACGGGAUGCCUACCUCGGCUACUUCAACACGGCGGUGGAGGCGGCGGCGGCGUAUGCGAGGGCGGUCGGCGAGUACCAGCCUCCGACAGUGGCAGAGGCGGAGGGCUUGUGCUUGCACCUCUCCAGCAGCAGCAGCACCGGCUACAUGGGCGUGUUCAAGCAGGCCUCUGGCCGCUUCGGGGCGCGGUGCAGGGUUGAUGGCAAGGAUGUUUACAUCGGCACCUUCGGCACCGCGGUGGAGGCGGCGGUGGCGUACGCGCGGGCGGCGGGCGAGUAUCAGCCUGCGACAGUGGCUGCGGAGGCGGAGGGCUUGCGCUUGCACCUCUCGAGCAGCAGCACCGGCUACAUGUGUGUGCGCAAGCAGGCCUCUGGCCGCUUCCAGGCACGGCACAAGAUGGACGGAAAGGAUGUCUCCCUUGGCACCUUUGCCACGGCGGCGGAGGCGGCGGUGGCGUACGCGAGGGCGGUGGGGGAGGCGGUGGCGCCGGCGGCGGGCGGGCGUGCCGUCAGGGAGAAGCGGGCGCGAGGAGCGACAGACGCGGAGCAGAGUGCGAGGCGAGCUGGUGGCGGCGGCGGCGGCGGCGGCAGCAGCGGCGGCGGCGGCGGCGGCGGCGGCGGCGGCGGCGGCGGCGGCGGCGGCGGCGGCGGCGGCGGCGGCGGCGGCAGCAGCGGCGGCGGCGACGCGCUGUCAUCCUCGAGCGACGCCGCGCCCUCUGCGCCCGACGCGAGCGUUCAACGCGAGGCGGCGGGGGAGGAGGGAGAGGACCAUGCGGUGGAAGUGGAGGUGGAGCAGGAGGAGUCGGAGGCGGAGGAGGAGGAGGAGGAGGAGCCGAUGAGCGACGAUGACGGGGUGGAGGAGGUGGCGCCGCCGCCUCAAGGCCCCGCCGCUGCUGUUCCGUUGCUGGAAGGCGGCGACGUGCAGAUCUCUGCCGCUUCAGGCGGCCUGCUGCCCGAGCACCUGCCGCACCAGCGGGCGCUCUGCCCGCUCCACCCCUUCCAUGCGGCCGAGAGGCCGGUCGCGGCGCCGCUCGAUGGCAACGAGGCGGCCUGCCCCAACUGCUACUGCUUCGCGUGCGACGCGCCCGUGUCCGAGUGCCGCCACUGGCGGGGCGGCGACGCGCCAGCGCACUGCAAUGCGCAUAGCAGCAGCGCACUGUGGCGCCAGAAGCGCGUCAAUGCGAAGCGGCAGCGCACGCGGGCGGCGCGGGCAGCGCAGGCGUCGGUCGACCCGCAGCCAGCGCAGCCUUCUCGAUCUGGUCUGAGGAGCGGGCUUGGGUGA